AUGGCAAGCCUCAAUGACUUGGUGCAUAUUCUUUUGCUUUCAUGUUCCUUGAUGAUCUUCAACACUGGCUGUAUGGCAGACUCGCUUUCGCACCCUCCUCCCCCUGUGAAGUCGGCCUAUUAUCCUUCAUGGUUGUCAGAUGAUUUCCCACCUUCAGCUAUAAACACAUCAUUCUUCACUCACAUCUUCUAUGCCUUUCUUGUGCCAAACGAUGUCACUUUCAAAUUUGACUUGUCAAAUUCAACAGUUUUGCUUCUCUCCAAUUUCACCACCACCCUCCAUCACAAACAGCCACCAGUGAAGACCCUCUUGUCCUUAGGUGGUGGCGGAGAUGACCCAAAACUACCUAAAAUCUUUGCUCGCAUGGCCUCGGAGCCCUCCUCACGUUCACAUUUCAUACACUCUGCCAUAGAGGUUGCACGUAAGUUUGGGUUUGAUGGGCUGGAUCUUGAUUGGGAAUUCCCUCAAAGCCCAAAAGAAAUGAAGGACUUGGGCAACUUGCUCAAAGAAUGGCGCCACGCACUCAAGAAAGAGGCCAAAUCCACAGCCCGCCCUCCUCUCCUACUCACCGCCGCCGUCUACUUCUCGGCCGACUUCUUCUUGGCCAAUGUCCGCCGCACCUACCCCAUGCCGCACAUGAAUAAAUACUUGGACUGGAUUAAUGCAAUGUGUUUCGACUAUAACGGGGCUUGGAGCAAUACCACAGGGCCCAAUGCAGCAUUGCUUGACCCGAAGAGUAACGUAAACUCCAUACACGGGCUUAGGUCGUGGAUCAAGGCCGGGAUACCCCCAAAUAAGCUAGUUAUGGGCUUGCCACUCUACGGCAGGACAUGGGAGCUCAAAGACCCAAAUAAUCAUAGUAUUGGAGCUACUGCUGUUGGGCCAGGCCCAGGAGGUGGGCAGCUGUUGUUCCACCAGGUGGAGACUCUGCUGAACCAAUCGGGCGCAACCGUAGUGUAUGACGUGGACACUAUGACAGUAUAUUCUUUUAACGGGUCUUCAUGGGUUUCGUUUGAUGAUGCGUUUACUACAAUCUCCAAGAUAGGGUACGCUCAAGCCCUUGGGCUACGGGGAUACUUCUUUUGGGCCCUCACAUAUGAUAGCGACUGGAAGAUUUCGGCGCAUGCUUCAAAUUCAUGGAUUCUCGACGAAUGA